AUGCAGGACAUAGACAACGGUUUGCGAUCAAUACCCAUAAACCUGUCAGGAACGGCUCUGAAUCGUGCCAUCAAAGCGGCCAGGCAUAUUCAGAAAGAGCUUGAGGAAACAAUCAGGCAAAGAAGGACCGAUCUUUCAGGACAUGAUUCAUCUUCAGUGAUGGACAUCAUGUGGCAUUUGAUCCUGGCAACAGAUGAAAAUGGUCAGUCAUUUUUGACGAGGACAUUUGCAAGCAAUUUGGCAUCUUUUUUAGUGGGAAGCUACUCAACCAUGCAAAGCACUAUCACUAGCAUCAUGAAGUAUCUUGCAGAGUUUCCAGAUGUGUACGAGUCUGUCCUUAAAGAUGCCAUCAGGAAGCUGCCUUUAGCGAAGGCUAAGAGGUACUUGGAGGAUGUUUUGGCCCAUAAGCAGGCAAUUCCGUUUACACGUUUCUGUGGAGGUGUUGGGCGUACUGCUCAGGCCAAGAAUAGGCAUUCAAAUGGACAGGGUCGCUGGCCUGUUAAAUCUGCUAGCUUCAUUUUGGAUUUGCUCAAGAAUGCUGAAAGCAAUGCAGAGGUGAAAGGCUUGGAUGUGGAUUCACUUUUCAUUUCUCACAUUCAAGUGAAUCAAGCACAGAAACAAAGACGCCGCACAUAUCGUGCCCAUGGAAGAAUAAACCCCUACAUGUCUUCCCCCUGCCAUAUUGAGUUGAUUUUGUCCGAGAAGGAAGAGUCUGUCAAAAAGGAGCCUGAAUCACAGUUGGCCACCAGCAAAUCUAGGAAGGCUUGAGCUAUAUGUAAUGGUGCUUUCAUUGGCAAUGGCUUUAGUGGAUUCUACAAAUUUUGAGGCAUAUUGUUACUUAAUGCUAUUGGAGGUUGCAAGACAAGUUUUGCUAGUGUUUAAAUUCAAAAAGUUCAUUCAAAGACAUG